UUCGCCCCCUCUUCUGCUAUGUCUGUUAACAGAAGAAAAAUCUUUCCAACACUUUUUCUUUCUACUCAUAAAAACUCUUCUAGUCUCUCCUCCUCCUUAAAAUCUGAACACCAAAAUAUUUACCCAAAAAUUGCAAAGAGACGGCGAAAAUAAUUCCGGCGGGAAAUUCCAGAGUAAAUAUGCAAAUCUCUGGCGUAUUUACCGACGUAUCGGUGGUUCUUCCGACCAGCGGUGGCUACAAUUCCAAGCAUCUCCACCCGUUCUCCGACUCACAUAAGUCUUCACUGUCCCUUAGUAUACCCAAAGGCUGUCCUCCAUAUUCUUUUCGGGCACUAGGAAUUGGGUCAGACCAAAGAAAAGGAAGCUUUGCUGUAAGGGCAUCUGAAAGUUUUUCUGGUGAUUUGGUUCCAAUUGCUCCUGUACAACUUGAGUCCCCAGUUGGUCAGUUUUUGGCCCAAAUAUUACAAAACCACCCACAUCUACUCCCUGCAGCUAUUGAUCAACAACUUGAAAAUCUUCAGAGCGAGAGAGAUGCAGAAAACGAGAAAAAUCCACCAUCAUCCCAAGAUCUCCUCCUAUAUAAGAGAAUAGCUGAAGUAAAGGAUAAAGAAAGGCGGAAGGCUGUGGAGGACAUAAUCUACUGCCUGGUUGUUCACAAAUUUGUAGACAAUAAAAUUUCCAUGAUACCAAAAAUAACUUCUACUUCUGAUCCUGCUGGAAGGGUGGGCUUUUGGCCAAACCAAGAACAGAAGCUGGAAUCUGUGCACUCUCCUGAAGCAUUUGAAAUGAUACUUAGUCACCUAUCUCUUGUAUUAGGAGAGAGGGUAGUAGGUCCCUUAGACACAAUUGUGCAGAUUAGCAAAAUUAAACUUGGAAAGCUUUAUGCUGCUUCUAUCAUGUAUGGUUAUUUUCUCAGAAGAGUUGAUGAGAGGUAUCAACUUGAGAGAUCAAUGAACACCCUCCCUGAAAAGCCAAACAAGGGCCAGCCGUUUUUCCGAGGGCCAACACCGGGAAAGCAACUAUGGGCCCCAGAGUCAUUGAUACAGAUCCCUCCUGACGAUGCUGAUGAUGGUGAACCAAUGGAUUUAGGUGGUGAUGGUAAAUCAUAUAGGUUGAGAUCCUAUGUGAUGUAUUUGGAUGCAGAAACACUUCAGAGAUAUGCAACUAUUAGGUCCAACGAAGCAGUUUCUUUAAUUGAAAAGCAAACACAGGCAUUAUUUGGAAGGCCCGAUAUUAGGAUUGCUGAAGAUGGUUCCCUUGAUGCAUCCAGGGAUGAAGUUACCUCGUUGACAUUCUCUGGAUUGACAAUGCUGGUACUGGAGGCAGUUGCAUUCGGGUCAUUUUUAUGGGAUGCUGAAGGCUAUGCUGAAUCUAAGUACCAUUUCUUUAAGAUAUAAAGGUACUAUUAGUUUUGCUCUUUUUGCUCAAGGAUAGUUGUAUAUUUUUAUGGUUGUAGUUGUAGCCUUGUGAGUACCCGACUUUUAUGAGAAAAACCAGUAUAUCUUUACCAACCUAAAAUAACAUGUGUUCAUCUAAGUCCUUGUGAAUUGCCCAAGCUUCUAAGCUUUUGUCUGGUGUACAUUAUCUCUAUUCUUGGAGCUUAAUUGUCUCAAGAAUUGGCUGAUGAAUAAAAUGUAAUGCGGACCAAAUGGUUCAGAACUC